AUGCGCUCUCUGCUUCUUUUCCUCUGCCUCUCCCUGGCCGGGACGAGGGGAGCGGGGGCCUCAGACCACUCCAUGCCCUUCAAGGUGAACCUGGACCUCAACCGUCAGGUGUGCCUCGAGUGGGGCUUUGAUGAACAGCAAGGAGACAUUACAUUCAAACUGACUGUCAACACCACGGGUUGGGUGGGCUUAGGCUUCAGUCCCAGCGGAACAAUGGUGGGGGCAGAUAUGGUCCUUGGGGGAGUUGGACCCAAUGGAAUCUACUUCACAGAUCGUCACGCCACGGGGAAAACCAUGCCUUUGGAGGACACUCAGCAGAGCUACACUCUCCUGUCUCUGACUGAAAGUGAAGGACUAACCAUCAUGAAGUUUUCGCGGGCCCUUCAGACGUGUGACGCCCAGGACUUCCACAUCACCGAUAAGCCCAUUAAGCUGAUCUUCGCCUAUGGAACAACAGAUGAGGUCAGAUACCACAGUAGCCGCAGAGGCACCAAGGAGGUCAAUCUGCUGAACUACAUGGCCAGGACCUCCCAACCUAUCUCCAGCUAUGUCAGCGCCACAGUGCAAAAUAUCACUGUCCCUGCCGUCCAAACCUACUACCACUGCAGAGUCAUGAAACUUCUAGACUUACCUACAAAACAUCACAUAUAUCGUAUUUCCCCAGUGAUCGAGCACCCCGACCUUGUCCAUCACAUGCUACUGUACAGCUGUCCCUCCUUUGUGACCAAGACGUACGACAACCCUUGCUACAGAGGAGACAAAGGGGAUAUUUGCUUCGGGGUGGUGGCUGCAUGGGCAGUGGGAGGAGGGGACUACGAGUUUCCAAUAAAUGGGGGUAUGCCUAUUGGAGGUGAGCCCAGACUCUACAGGCUGGAAAUCCAUUACAAUAACAUACACCGUGAAGCAGGCAGGACAGACAACUCAGGACUCAGACUCUACUACACAGCCGAACUCCGGGAGCAUGACGUGGGCAUCCUGUCCACAGGUGUGCUGCCUUUUAACCAUAUACAAUACAGAAUCCCUCCAAACGUCGAUCAGUUCCACACCUAUGGCGUGUGUAACACCUCUCUCUUCUCUCAGUCGAUGGAUUCUGUACCUGACCUUCAAGUGUUUGGUGUCCUGUUGCACACUCACUUGGCUGGGAGGAAAGUCAGAGCUGUCCACUACAGAAAUGGAAAGCAGUUUGACUCUUUGGCUGUCGAUGAAAACUACAGCUUUGAGGUUCAGCAGAUUGUCAAUAUUGGAAAAAUCAAGACCAUUAAGCCGAAUGAUGAGAUUGCAGUGGAGUGCACAUACAGCACUCUGAAUCGCACUAAAGUCACCGAGAUGGGGUUGGCGACCACCGAUGAGAUGUGCUUGGCCUUUCUAUUCUACUACCCUGCAAUCGAGAUCACCUCGUGUACAAGCCACCCAAACACCACACUAAGCCAUGAUGAGAUUGUCGAGUACGAGAAUGUGCUGAAGAGCCUUCCACAGAUCCAGCUUCUCAGCGAUGUUGACCAUAAUUUCACAUACAACAUGAAUGGCAUCAUCAGGGAAAUGAAGAAGAAUCCGACCCACACUUGUUGGACUAGUGCAUCAACUCGACUCCACACUUCCUGGAUACUGAACCCAGGAGGAAUCAUGCUUCUGCUGCUCUGGACUGCAAUAAUGUAA